AUGAAUGUGAAUACGAAGUAUGACUUUCUUCAUGAAUACAAACUCAACUGCUUUUGCUAUAGUGUCUUGAAAGCUGCCACCCAAAAAUUCAGUUGUAAAAAUUUACUUGGCCAAGGCGAUUUUGGUGAUGUUUAUAUUGGAUAUAUCAAUCACUGCACCAUGACUGCCGCAAGACCAGGUGGUGGAUAUGCAGUUGCAGUCAAGAGGCUAAGAAAGAAAGGAACACAAGGCGACAAUGAAUGGCUGAAUGAAUUGAAAUUUUUAGCCAGAUUAAAUCAUCCAAAUGUAGUGAAGCUCAUAGGUUACUGCUCAGAGCGUGAGCAUAGAAUAUUGGUUUAUGAGUACAUGAUUGGAGGAAGCUUGGAGGCCCAUCUUUUGAAGGAUGAUGAUACAGAGCUGAAUUGGAGAAGAAGAAUCAAUAUAGCACUUGGAAAAGCCAAAGGUUUAAAUUUUCUUCACACACUUGGGAGGCUAGUCAUUCAUCGUGAUGUCAAGGCCUCCAAUGUCCUACUAGAUGCUGAAUUUCUGUCAUUGGGCUUCAAUCCAAAGCUUUCAGACUUUGGACUCGCCAAAUAUGGACACCAAGGUGACCAGUCCCACGUCUCCUCAAGGAUACUUGGCACCAAAGGCUACUUCGCUCCGGAGUACAUUGGGACAGGGCAUUUGACACUAAAAACUGAUGUAUACAGCUUUGGAGUGGUACUCCUGGAGAUCUUUUCAGGAAACUGUGCAGCCAAGAAAUAUUCAAAUGGGCUUGAGGGUAACCUUGUGCAGUGGGCUAAACCAUAUCUUAGCAACAAGCUGGACAUCCGUAGUGUUAUUGACAAGAGAAUUGGAGAGAACUUCCCAGGGGAAGGAGCUCAAGAAUUUGCUCGGAUCAUCCUCCAAUGCCUAAGUACAGAUCCUACGGGCCGACCAGAGAUGAGAGAAGUUGUAGCUAAUUUAGAGAGACUAGAAAAAAUAUGUGAGAGGCGGAGCAAUCAUAACAAACCCAUAACAAACUUCCAUGGGACAAAGGGAUGCCACAUCUGA